GUAUUUGGGGAAGCGGGGGAGUGAGUCCAGAACUCGCCUGGCUGUCUGAUCUCUUCAACCAAGCUGGACCACAACUCAGGCUUGUUCAGCAGUAACCUACCGCCUGGUUUCUCCAGAAGUGGGUCUCAGAGUGCUUCUUUUCCCCAGGUUCUUUUGCCAAAGCUGCACUGAGGAGGGUAAAUCCAAAUCGCUGCUGAGGACAACAUUGAACUCCUAAAAUCAUGGGAGCAGCUCAUGGGAAAAAGAAAGAAUAUUCUCUCCAGUCCAAGUGCCACAAGCAAAACGGGAAACAUGUUAUCAAUGGCUCAGCAUCUAUGUAUUCUGAAAUUCAGAGAGAGCGGCCUGAUAUUGGGAAUAUCAUGGCUCAUCCUGACUACAUUGAUGGAAACCCUGAUCUUAUCAAACCUAAAAAGCUCCUCAAUCCUGUAAGAGCCUCUAAAAGCCACCAAGAACUUCACAGAGAGCUGCUGAUGAAUCACAAAAGAGGAUUGGGAGUUGAAAGCAAACCAGAAUUGCAACGAGUCCUGGAGCACCGGCGACGAAACCAGCUGAUAAGGCAGAGGAAAGACGAAGAAGAGGCACAAAAAUUAAAGUCUCCAUUUGAGCAAGAGCUCUUGAAGAGGCAACAGAGGCUGGAUCAGUUGGAAAAGGAACAUGAGAAGCAAGAAGAGUAUGCACCUGAAUUUAUUAAAGUCAAAGAAAACCUGAGGAGGACAUCAACACUCACUGGAGCAGAAAAGGUCACAUAGCAGGCAUCAGCCGAGACCAAAGUAGAAGAGAAUCUUCUGCUUGUUUGAAUAUCUCCAUGCUGACGUCUUUGUAAAAGGGUGGACAUUAACAGUUAUGUCUUUGGGGCUCCUUACUGUUUAUUCAUGCUUGCUCCAGUAGAAACUCCAGCGGGGACAUUUUCACAUCUGGGAAAAAGUAACCGCA